AGGAAGAUAUAUCACAACGGGAAAACCUACAUGCAAUUAACAAAUUCGCGCAAAAAUCCCCAAUCGCAUGUAAAGUGAAAAAAAGCCCUAACCGUUAACCGGGUAACGGCCUCUGUCCUCAAAGAAAAAAAAUUCGUUUUUGAAAUCUCCCGAUUGCUUUCCUCGUGGAAAGAUUACAGUAAAAUCUGUUGGAAGUUUAAAGAUUCUGUGUUGCAGAUAUAUAAAGGGAUCGAUUGCCAGAAGUUUAAACGAUGGUAAUUGAAGUGGAAGAGAUGGAGAAGGCGCGAACUAGGAAACGGCCUCGUCUUGGGUGGGACGUGGCACCAUCUGGGCCAGAGGCGCAACGAGCUCUGGUGACGGCUCAACGUUCGUCGCCGCCGAAGAGGGAGGAUGAUCACGAAGGCCAUUACGUUUUUAAUCUCGGCGAAAAUCUCACUCCAAGAUAUAAAAUACUUAGUAAGAUGGGUGAAGGCACAUUUGGCCGAGUAUUGGAAUGUUGGGAUCGGCAAACACGAGAGUAUGUUGCAAUUAAGGUAGUUAGAAGCAUACGUAAAUACCGUGAUGCAGCAAUGAUUGAAGUUGAUAUACUUCAACAUCUUGCUAAGAAUGAUAAAGGAACCUCACGCUGUGUGCAGAUUCGAGAUUGGUUUGAUUACCGCAAUCACAUUUGUAUCGUGUUUGAGAAGCUUGGGCCAAGUUUAUUUGAUUUUCUAAAGAGAAAUAAAUACUGCCCAUUUCCUGUGGAUCUUGUUCGGGAAUUUGGACGUCAGCUUUUGGAAUCUGUAGCAUAUAUGCAUGAUUUACGCUUAAUCCACACUGACCUGAAGCCAGAAAAUAUUCUUCUUGUAUCAUCUGAAUAUGUAAAGCUUCCUGGCUGCAAGAGGAGUUCUUCAGAUGAAACGCAUUUCAGGUGCUUACCAAAGUCAAGUGCCAUUAAGCUGAUUGAUUUUGGUAGUACUGCAUUUGAUAAUCAGAAUCAUAGCUCCAUUGUUUCUACAAGGCAUUACAGAGCCCCUGAGGUUAUUCUAGGUCUAGGUUGGAGUUUUCCAUGUGAUCUAUGGAGCGUUGGUUGUAUACUUAUUGAACUCUGCAUGGGUGAAGCAUUAUUUCAGACCCAUGAGAACUUGGAGCAUUUGGCGAUGAUGGAGAGGGUAUUAGGACCACUUCCUGAGCAUAUGAUUCGAAGGGCCAACUGGGGUGCUGAAAAAUAUUUCCGUAGGGGGUCAAGACUAAAUUGGCCUGAAGGAGCAGUAUCUAGGGAAAGUAUUAGAGCUGUUAAGAAGCUUGAUCAUCUGAAGAAUAUGGUAUCACAACAUGUAGAGAGCUCUAGAUAUUCACUUGCAGACCUGUUGGAAGGUUUAUUAAAAUAUGAUCCAUCUGAACGUCUCACAGCACAUCAAGCUCUAAAUCAUCCUUUUUUUAAGAAUCCAAGUUAAGCGGAAAUACUAAAUCAAUGAUUUCAUAAUGCUUGGGAUAUCCGGGUGACAACUGAUGAAGGCCACAAAUUUUGAGAUUCCCAUAUAUGUAUGUUAAUGUUGGUUUCAGUGAAAAUAUAGAAGUUGCAUCUUCUGUUGUGAAGUCCUCAAUAGCCCUUUCUUUUGGGAAGUAUAGGGUAGGGCUUGUGUUUGAAUUGUUCAGAAGAAGUGCUCAAAAUGGAAGAAAAAGGAAGUUAAAGGGCUUCAUUUGGGGAAGUAAAGGUGGGGCUCCUGUUUGAAUUAUUUAAAAGAAGUGCACAAAAUGGAAGAAAGGAGGAGUUCAUUGGGAUAAUAAGAGUGAAGGGAAGCAAAUUAUUACUUAAACAUCAGAUGAGCAAUUUUGUUGUACAAAUAAAAAUAUUUGAAUCAAUUUGGAGAACAGUUCAGACGUUUUUU